GUCCGCGCCGCGGAGGAGCCAAUGGCAGGCGGCAGGGGAUGACGCUGUGGACAUGGCUGCUGCAGUCGGACAGUACAGAGACGUGUCGGGCUGUUCUGUAACCUCGGUCCGUGCCCAGGAAGCGGAGCAGCUGCCCCACUAGUAUUCUUACCGACCAGGCGACGCAGCGGGCCCUCGGAGAGAGCGAGCGUCGGGGCCAUGGCUUAUCACUCGGGCUACGGAGCCCACGGCUCCAAGCACAGGGCCCGGGCAGCUCCGGAUCCCCCUUCCCUCUUCGAUGACACAAGCGGUGGUUACUCCAGCCAGCCAGGGGGAUACCCAGCCCCAGGAGCCGACGUGGCCUUCAAUGUCAACCACUUGCUUGGGGACCCAAUGGCCAACGUGGCUAUGGCCUAUGGCAGCUCCAUCGCCUCCCAUGGGAAGGACAUGGUGCACAAGGAGCUACACCGUUUCGUGUCUGUGAACAAACUCAAGUAUUUUUUCGCUGUGGACACAGCCUAUGUGGCUAAGAAGCUAGGGCUGCUGGUCUUCCCUUACACACACCAGAACUGGGAAGUGCAGUACAGUCGCGAUGUGCCUCUGCCCCCUCGGCAAGACCUCAACGCCCCCGACCUCUAUAUUCCCACCUGGACCCCAGGGUGUAGACCUGGCCCUGCAACUUCCAGCUCUGGAACCUCAGGUGCUUUCACCCUUCUGAGUAACUGGAAUUGCCAUGGUUCCUACCACAAAGGACAGGAAACUGUGGACAUUCAGCGAGCGAUGGCCUUCAUCACCUAUGUGCUGCUGGCUGGGAUGGCGCUGGGCAUUCAGAAAAGGUUCUCCCCAGAGGUGCUGGGCCUGUGUGCAAGUACCGCGCUGGUGUGGGUGGUGAUGGAGGUGCUAGCCUUGCUCCUGGGCAUCUACCUGGCCACCGUGCGCAGUGACCUGAGCACCUUCCACCUGCUGGCCUACAGUGGCUACAAAUAUGUGGGGAUGAUCCUCAGUGUUCUCACGGGCCUGCUUUUUGGCAGCGAUGGCUACUACGUAGCGCUGGCCUGGACUUCGUCUGCGCUCAUGUACUUCAUCGUGCGCUCUUUGCGAACUGCAGCCCUGGGCUCCGACAGCAUGGGGGGCCCGGCCCCCCGGCAGCGCCUCCAGCUCUACCUGACCCUGGGAGCUGCAGCCUUCCAGCCCCUCAUCAUAUACUGGCUGACUUUCCACUUGGUUCGGUGACCCCUGGUCCCUGCUGGCACUGAUUUUUCCAUACAGCGAAGAUUUGGUUUCCUUGA